GAGUUCGCAGUGCUGACCAAGGAGCUGAACAUGUGCCGGGAACAGUUGCUGGAGAGAGAAGAGGAGAUAGCCGAGCUGAAGGCGGAGAGAAACAACACACGGCUGCUCCUUGAACAUCUGGAAUGCCUGGUGUCCCGCCACGAGCGAAGCCUGAGGAUGACCGUGGUGAAAAGGCAGCCUGGAGUCUCCAGUGAGGUGGAAGUCCUGAAAGCCCUCAAGUCCUUGUUUGAGCACCACAAAGCGCUGGAUGAAAAAGUGCGGGAGAGGCUACGAGUGGCGCUGGAGCGCGUGGCGGUCCUAGAGGAAGAGCUGCAGUCUUCUUCCCAAGAGGUGGUGUCUUUAAGGGAACAAAUAAAACGAAGGCAGCAAGGACUAGACAACGGCAAAGAGUCUGCAGCCGGAGUGCCGAUCAGGAGGCUCCUGAUUGCCAGAAGCUGUUGCAGCUUUUGCAACAGUCUGCUUCAUAUUCCUAGAUGGGGGGUUUUCAGAGCCAUAUGGCUUCCAGCCAUCAGAGUCGUCCAGUGAGGAGGAAGUUAUGCA